UUCUACCCAACGAAGAAAAAUCCUUGAAAGAACAGACAAGGUAGUCUUGGUAGUGAAUCUCCCUGCUGGGUGUGCCGAGAGUACCGUACACACCCACAUUGAGAUUUUCCCCUCAUCAAAUCCCCAGGCCAAGUGUCAAUCAAUCCAUGAAAUCAAACGCUUUUGUACCCCUGAGAGAUGGUUCAUGUGGGGAAGCCUGCAAGAACCGCAUCGGGUUUGAUUGCAGCUAAGCGAGCCAUUCAAUGAUUGAAAUGUUGCGCUUUCCCCGACCCUUCUUAUUUUUCUUUUUUACCUGUCUUGAUAAGUUGGUCUCCGUUGUCACUGUUUACUUGCAGUCGAUGCUAGCCUUCUUAGCAUUCUGCUUCUCUGGUUGGACUUUAGUCUUUGCUUCCUAUUGGUUUGGUCCGACUUUUGACAAGGCAAAGAAGCCGCCCUUUUCACCUUGCACAGCAGUUUGAAGGGACUUGCCCCUUCGACCCCCGAUCAGGAUGGGGAAGACUUCAGCGAAGAUUCUGCAAAAGAUUGUCAGAAAUGAUGCCAUGCACUCUGAUCCGCCUGAGAUUUUCGGGUGGCGUGUAUAUACACUGGCCAUGUCGGCAUGCUUCGGUGCCAUGUGUUUCGGUUGGGAUUCCAGCGUCAUCGGCGGCGUCAUCGUCCUCGAUGCCUUCAAGGCGGACUAUGGUUUGAGCCCGGACAACAAGGACUACAGAUCCCAAGAUCUCGCCGCCAACAUCGUCUCCACCCUGCAAGCUGGUUGCUUCCUCGGCGCAAUCAUCGCCUCGCCCAUGACCGACGCCUUCGGCCGCAGAAGCUGUCUACUCGGCGUUGCUGGCAUCAUCUGUAUCGGCGUCAUCAUGCAGGGUGCCGCCUCGGGCAGUCUGGGCGCCCUCUACGCCGGUCGAUUUGUGGCAGGAUUCGGCGUGGGAGCCGCGUCGUGCAUCAACCCCAUCUACGUCUCCGAGAACGCGCCCCGUGCCAUCCGUGGCCUGCUCACCGGCAUGUACCAGCUCUUCAUUGUAACCGGAGGCAUGAUCGCCUUUUGGAUCAACUACGCCGUGAACCUACAUCACCGCGGCAAGACUUCGUACAUCCUCCCGCUCUCGGUCCAGGGCAUCCCCGCCGCUCUGCUCUUCGUCUCCAUGUGGAUGUGCAAGGAAUCCCCCAGGUGGCUGGCCCGCAAGGACCGCUGGGAGGAGGCCAGGUCAGUUUUGUCUCACAUCAGAAACCUGCCGAGCGACCACCCUUACCUGCAGGAGGAGAUGGCCGAGAUUGCGGACCAGCUGGAGCAUGAGCGUCAGCUUGUUGGUGACGCCUCGUGGUUCCAGCUCAACAAGGAGAUUUGGCGCCAGAGCAUCCACCGCAAGCGUGCCAUCAUUAGCAUCGUCCUGAUGAUCUGCCAACAGAUGACCGGUACCAAUGCCAUCAACACCUACGCCCCUACUAUCUUUGCAAAUCUCGGAAUCACGGGUCUCAGUGGCCAGCUGCUGGGAACUGGUGUAUAUGGCGUGGUCAAAGUCCUAUCCUGCAUCGCCUUCCUUCUUUUCAUGGCAGACUCCCUCGGCCGCAGACGCUCCCUCCUCUGGACCUCCAUCGCCCAGGGUCUCGUCAUGUUCUACAUUGGUAUAUACGUCCGCAUCUCACCUCCCAAGGAAGGUGACCCUGUGCCUCCGGCGGGUUACUUUGCGCUGGUCUGCAUUUUCUUGUUUGCCGCAUUCUUCCAAUUCGGCUGGGGUCCUGCCUGCUGGAUUCUCGCGUCCGAGAUCCCGUCCGCCCGCUUCCGGUCCAUCAACGUCGCGUACGCCGCCGCGACGCAGUGGCUGUUCAACUUUGUGGUUGCCCGCUCUGUGCCGGUGAUGCUGAUCACGAUAGGCGGCAAAACGGGUUACGGUACAUACCUCCUCUUUGGCAGCUUCGCCUUCACCAUGUUCUUCUUCGUCUGGUUCUUCGUCCCCGAGACCAAGGGUAUGUCGCUAGAGGCCAUGGACGAGCUCUUUGGCGGCGCCCCGGCGGGCCAAAAUCUCAAGAACACGCAGCUCAACGAGAACGCCGACGGCAACACCACACCCCCGGCAACGUAUGGCGCCAAGGACAGUGUUGGUGCCAAGUCGACUGAGGUCUAAGGCUGAAUGACUGGGCCUGGGAACUUAUAAGGAUCAGAGUUCUUUUUCAUAUGAAAGCGAGAGUUGAUAGUCGACUUGUCAUGUUUGUGCUUUUUUUUUAGGUCUAUGAAUCUCGUGUCAGGUUCCUUUGAGGAUGCCGAUAAGAAAUCAAUGUUAUUCAUUCUCCAAUUUAGCGGUAAAGGGGACCUGACGAUUCUCUUUUUGAUAUCACUGCCUUGUGUCUCUCCCUUUAUAACUGAGCUCCAUCCUCUGAUCAAUAUCUCGAACAAAAGAUAACCCCUUGCCCUGAACUGUAGCAGAGUCGCUUGAGACUGUUUUUUCCAUAGCAACCCCGUUAGACUUGACAUUGGUCAAAGCAGGUAUCAUUCGGCAGACUCUGGCAGCGAGAAAGAGAAAAGUCUUGUUAAUAUCAGCCAUUAGUUAUGAAAGAGACUUGGGUAGCUUGAAAAUGGCAUUCUAUAUACGGUAGGCGAAGCGGUUUGCCCGAAGUCUAUACUACCGGAAUGACCCCUGAUCACCUUCUAUCCUUGACAAAAAAGUGAGAAAACCCCUUCAUACAUUUAAGACUGUAUCCUCAUGCGGGUAAUACUAUCGUUUUCUGGGGGCCUUUCCACAGACUUAUG